GGCAGUUCUUGGACCAGAUCAUCCGCGCGGCUCGGCCCAAGAAAAAACGAUCCGCAGCGCCCAACUUUCACAUCUCCAAGUCCAACCUAAACUAAUCCACUGAAACUUUGGCCUGGGUUAGCAAUUCCUUCACACCUCAUCCACCACCGAAGCUGCCCGUCUGUGGUAUUGUAGUAGAGUGCCUCACAACUUCAGGACUAGCCUUAUUUGCUUUGCCCAUUCGGUAUUCAUUCUUCCUCCAAUAUCACACCAUCACGCAUCACACAUCAAUCACAUCGUUCUCUUUCCUGUGACCUUGACCCAACGUCCACAAAUCAAAUCUAUCAUCGCCCGCAAAUUCGAUCAAAUCGCCGCCUCCUCCCCCACCUCAUUACGGCACCGCUUCCAGCCACCAGCCACCUGCUCUGUUUUGUUCUGUUCUGCACUCUCUGAACUGCUCUGCCAAGUCAGCCAGAUAGUCAGUCAGCCAGCGUCAGGUCAGCCUAGUAGCUCAGUUCAGUCAAGCUUUUGUUCGGGCUGUCCCUGUGCCUCCUCUGUCUGUCUCUGUUUCUUCGCCUCUUUACAGUAUCCUUAAUCCAUUCCUUGGCUUGGCUUGGUCGCUUGCUUCCUUAGCUUGGGAUCUCCUACCGCUGCAGCAUCUCUUGUCUCGUCCCCUAGUCGAUCCUGUCCCUUGGCCUCGGGUCAUCUUGAUCCUAUUCGACGACCCUGACAAUCAUCCUCGGCUGGCUUGGAACUUUGGCUUCUCCUCCUCUACCUACGGAUACCCUUAGGCCUUAGCACAAAGUCGCUCGUCCGCUCGCUCGCUCGCAAAACGGAACAGACUCCAAAACGACCCACACCCCACUACAGCACCACCAGGCCCCAAGGACCCAAGGCAAGACAAGGCCAAAGGCCAACCCGGCCGCAGCCCAGAGCCACCCGCUCCAAGAUCUCGGAGCUACUAAAGUUGCCUGCACGUCCUGAACCUGCCGGUACGGAGCCUGGAGCCAUUUGCCCACGAGCUAGGGUCGCUUGAACCCUGUACGAGACAAUGUCGAUAAAGUAAGCCUCUUUCGCGAACCUCUUUCUUGAAUCUCUUUCUCUGAGCUUUCCAUCUUUCCCGUCCCGUCUUGUCAACCUUAGCCUUGCCCUCUUGGUCACUGGUUUAGUCCUGCACUGAGUCUUCAGAGAUUGUCGCUCCCGUGGUAUCCUGUCCUGUCUUGUGCCCAUACCAUACCCAUCUUCGCAUUCCCGUCCCUCUCUCCGUUUCCGUUUCUUGCCUCCGUCACCUUCCCGUCUCCCUCUGCCGUCUUCUCCGCCCCGUACCCUCCGGUCACGGCGGCCACGGCUCAGUCCGUCCGUUGACUGCCCCGCCACCUUCGGCCCAUGGAGUCAUGGACCCCGCCCUAUAAUGGACAAUCCUCAUGACUAUCUUAUUACAAGCCGUCCUCCUUCGCGGCCCGUCGAUCCUGACAAUGCCGAUAGCUGGGUUAUGCUCAAUCAGGGCGGCUUCGUCAAGCUUGGCAAUGAACGCAUCUUGAUGAAGCUCGAAUCGAGAAUCUCAUGCGACCUGUCUGUGCCCCAGGAGCUGAGAGCACGAUGUGCCUCGUUUCAACGGAAAAGUGAUAAAGGCACCCUCUUCCUGACCAACAAGAGAAUCGUGUAUCUUCCUUUAAAACCCACUCAAGAACCAAAGUUUGAAUCCUUCAGUGCCCCAAUCCUGAAGUUUCAAGAUUCCACCACUUCAUCAUCUAUGUGGUGGGGAUGGGUGUGGAAAUCAGAUUGUAUUCCUGUAUCCGGUGGUGGCAUUCCUCCAGAUAUUCCUCGGCUUGAGGUCAAGUUCACGUUUUCAGAUGGAGGCAUGAUGGAUUUCAACGAAGCCUAUAUAAGGCUGCGGGAGCGACUUUACCAGUAUCAAGAGAUGCGCCGGGAGAUGGGCCCCGGUGCUGAUGUCCCUGAUGAGCCUCUUCCAGCAUAUGAAGCUCCUUCUGCCCAGCCAGCUCCUACAACGAGUUCGACAGAUGUGCGCCCUAAUCGCUCAGAGAGCGCUGCCAGUCGGAGGGCACCAGAUGAACCACCACCAGAUUAUGACGAGGCUCAGGCGCAGCAGUUGAAUAUUCGGUUGGAGGACCACAUUCGAGGUGAAAUUGAUAGGGGAGCAUACGAAAAUGAUGAUUAACGGCCGCGUUGGACCACACCAAUGGCUGUGGUUGUGUUACAGAUACCAAGAUUUGAGCACUGCAUUCAUGAACUCAUUAUACUACCUCUUACUUUUUUCCGGGUUUUCAUAUUCAAAGGGAUCUGCUAGAAUCAUGAUAUUGCGAAAUAUUAAAAUUUCCAGCCGCUUCUGAAUCUGAUAAUAGAACGUGACAACCUUU